UUGUCUUUUAUGAUUUUAGCAAUAAGCAAAUAAUGUAUUACUAAAAAAAUACAAAUUAUUACAAAUAUUUUGUAGAUAAUGAAGUGAAUAUAUAUAGUUAAUAAGAUUAUUAAUGUUAUAGUGUAUAUAGUUUAAUUAUAAAUAAUUCAAAAUGAGUCAAACUGCUAAUUGGAACGCAAAUGGUCUUGAGAAGAAACCCCAGAUAUUAAAAAACUACUGUUUUGUGUGCUUAUGUAGUGAUGAGGAGAAGAAUCUACAGAAAUAUGUCUUUCAAUGUUGUUCCCUGAAGGAAGUACUACAGAUGGACAGCAUGAUGCUGUGUUACCUGUGUAGACGGAUGGCCCAGUAUGCUGAAAGCUUUACACAGAGUGUGCAAAGUAAUCAGUUGUUACUGGAGAACUUUCAAAAUAUAAUGGAUGAGACAUUAAAAUCAGUGCGCACACAGACGCACCCUCUAGUCAAUUUAUCUUCGGUGUCAUUAAAUGUGAUAGAUGUCACGGAGAAGGAUGGGUCAGCACAAGAAGAGUCCUUCUCUGUCGUGUGUUCUAGAAGUAGAGAUAGUGUGCAGAUCAAGGUGGAGAUGAAAGAAGAAGAGUUUAUGGAGCAGUUAGAGGGAGAUUUUGUUGGCGGUUGUGAUGAUUACCAAGAACCAUUCGUGAAAGAUGAAGACGAUGCAUUUACUCUGGAUACUUCUUUGAAAGAAGAAUUGCAACUAGAAGACAUUGAUGGCUUAAACCUUCUGGCCCUCAAAUCGACGCUAAAGAAGAAUAAAAUUAAUAAGAAAAAGGCUAAAAUCAAAAGAGAAGAUGAUUUUCCAGAUGAAGGUAAAAUCCAGAGGAUUUACAUAACUAGGGAACAGUGUUUGGAAGAGAAAGCGAAGAUGUUGCUGGACCCCAAGUAUAUAGAGGCAGCCUUCAAAUGUGGUGACUGCGCCAAACACUUUACCUUCAAAGACAUCUACGACAAACAUAUGGAGAAACAUAGUCAGAGUAUAGGAGACUACGAGUGCGACAUUUGCAAGCUAAGAAUGGAAUCCGAAGAUAAAUUAGUUGGCCAUAUGAAAUAUCACACAAACCGCUACAAAUGCCUAGAGUGUGGCCUAACUCGAACCUGUAGACGGACUAUACUGGACCACGUCUCUGCUUACCACAGCGAGGUCUUCCAUCUGUGUCCUUAUUGCAGCAAGAGUUUCAAACGACAGUCGUCAAUCCGCAAGCACGUGUCCCAGAUGCACCGUGCGCGUGCGCGCGUCACGUGUGCGCACUGCCACCGCACGUACAAGGACAAUACCGCAUUGCGCACGCAUAUGUUGCUGAAACACGCCAAAGAGAUAUCAGCUCGCGAGAUCACGAAGAAGUACGCGUGCCAGGAGUGCGGCAUGGCCUUCAAGACACCUUCGCAGCUGAAGACCCAUGGACUCAAGCAUACCGACUCACGGGACUAUUACUGCGUAGAGUGUGAUAAGAGUUUCAAAUCGGAUGCCACAUUGAAGACUCAUUUAAAGACGACAGCUAUACAUACCAGUUAUUUAGAGUUACCGUUAGCAUGCGAACAUUGCGACAAGCGUUUCGCGAUCCGUCGCGACCUGGACCGCCACACGAACAGAAUACAUCUCAAUGUCAAGCCGUUUGCUUGUGACAAGUGUGAUAAGAAUUACGUCAACUCCUGGUCCCUGAAGCAGCACCAGCUGUUAAUCCACGAGGGAUACAAGCGACCCCUGGCCUUCCCGUGCUCCAUGUGUGAUAAGAUAUUUGAUCGAAAACAAGUUUUGAAGGCACAUAUUCGAACCCACACCGGCGAGCGACCGUACCAGUGCAGUAAAUGUCCAGCGCAGUUCAGUCAGUCCAGCAUAUUAAGGACCCACGAUAGACUAAUACACCUUAAACAAACUAGAGAUGGGAGGCCUAAGGUCAAAUAAUAUAAUAUAGGUAGACAUAUAAGUGUAAGAGAGCCAUGCUUCGGCACGAAUGGGCCGGCUCGACCGGAGUGAUACCACGGCCUCACCGAAAACCGACGUGAAACAACGCUUGCGUUGUGUGAGUGAGGUUACCGAACGCCCGAUUCUCCCCUUCCCAAUCUUCCCCGAUUCCCCAUCAACCCUUAAAUUCCUAAUCCCCAAGUUGUGGCGACACAUGACAGAAGUCACGAUAGAUGACAGAAGUCACGACAGAUGACAGAAGUCACGAUAGAUGACAGAAGUCACGACAGAUGACAGAAGUCGCGAUAGAUGUCACAAAUCGCGACAGAUGACAGAAGUCACACAUAGAUGAUGGACAAGCAAAUCAAUGGGUGACGUCAUAAAUCGUACAUCGUACCUAUGAAGUUUACAUGCGAAUUAACAUUGAUUAGAAAAUCUCAACGGACAACAGUUGGGCAGAAAGCCCGCUAGGCAUGAUCACUUCGCCUGGUCGGAGGAUCCCCUUUUUCUUAGGGAACUUAACUCUCUGUUCCCUAAAUAUUCAUGCUAGGGCAAUGAAAAGAUUUGAGACUAAGUUAUACAGCGUGCUUCGCAUUUGAAGU